AUGAGCAUGGAAGACGAAUAUAAUGUAGCUGCAAGGUAUAGAACUAUCCGAAAACAUUUGGACAGCUUAGGGUACAAACAAGCACUUACACUGGAUGCACUUCCCCUGAUAGAAAAGUUGUUGGCUGAUCUAGUACAAACAACUGAAAGUUUAAAGCAUUUUAAAAGUAUUGCUCAAGAUAAUAUUGAGGCACAAGUUCGGUUACAAUCAGCAAUUGAUCCUUAUAAAUGCGACAAUGUAAGGCUAGUGCAAGAAUGUAACCAGCUUAACUCAGAUUUGUUGAAAGAAAGGGAAAGCCAUCAGAAGCAAAUCAAGGAUCUCAAGAAAGAAAUACAUAAAUUAGAGCGUGAAUGCAAUGAUCUUCAGUUGGCAUCUUCUCGGAAUUUAUAUAGAAUCAAGGAGCUGGAGGUAGAAUCUGCUAAGAAAUCAAAAAGAAUCUUGGAACUUCAAGGGAAAUGUUUGAAGCCAACAAUCAGUAACGUUGGUCUAGCUUCUAAGAAACGUCCUGUGUUUCCGCUUCGAAGACCAGUUUUAGAAAGUGAACCAUUACCAAGAAUAGGAGCUAAAACUCCCUUACCAAAUUUGAGUACAGUGGAACCAAAAAUUGUUGAUUUGUUAAGCAUGGCAGAUCAUAAACUGAAUUGUUUGACUCAUGAGGUAACAAAAUUAAAUGGGGAUCUUUCCUUACAAAUCGACAAUGUAGAAAUAUUAAAAAAUCAGUUGACUACUAAGGAGAAAGAAAUCUUAAGACUAAAGAAUAUGUUAGAAGGAGGCAGACCGUAUUCAGCAGUCGUUAAAGAUUGUGCUUGUAGAAAAGCAGAUUUUAUGAUGUCCAGUCACGAUGUGCAUGCUGAUGAAUUAAAAAUUUUACAACAGGAGAAAUUAGAAUUGGAACAACAGUUGAAAGAAGCCUUAAAUAAACAACACGAUGCUAUGACUCAAGCGUUAAAACUUGCCGAUCGAAACGAAGAAUUGGAAAAGGAACUGAGAGAUAUAGAUCACAUAGCAUUGGCUGUGGAAGCCGACUGUAACUCUGCGGUUAAAGAAAACAAUAGAAGAGUGUCCAAGUUGCAGGAGAAACUAGAAAAUGUGAUGGCCCGGGUCCACGUACUGGAAAACGAAUUAACUAAUGAACGUAGAGAAGUGCAGGAAUUAAGAGCAGACUUAGAAACUUGUAGAUUGGAGAAACUGAAUAUUCAACGCAAUUUAGAAUCUGCGUUGGACGAAAAGAAACAGAUUACUAAUAGAAUAAACGAAUUGACAGUAAUGGAAAAAAGUUUGAACGACGAUAUUGAAAGAUUGAUUAAGGAGAAUGAGCAGCAAAAACAAGAUGUUAUUCACUUGCAGUACACCAAUAAACUUCUAACAGAGCAAUUGAAUGUGAAGGAGACGUUGCUUGACAGCAAUGGAUCAAGCUUAAAAGAUACCAGAGAGAAAAAAGAAUACAACAAAGGACAAAAUGGAAUGCAAAAAGUAAACGAUACUGGAUACAACAGAAUUCUAAAACAAUUAGAUGAGAAAGAAACGAAACUGGACGAUUUACAUAGAGCGGUUGAACAGUUGAGAAGUGAACGAGACUUUUAUAAAAAUGAGUAUAAUCGUGUGAAGGAUGAUUAUUGUAAAACGAUUGGAAAUGAUCACAUUGAUUCAUGGUCACAAAUCCGAGAAUUGAAAUGCGAAUUAAAUGAGAAAGAAAAUGCGUUGGAACAAUUACAGCGAGAGAAGAAGGAAUUAUACCGUGAGAAAACAAAUUUGGAAACGCGUUUACAAGCUUAUAAAUCCGAACACAAAGCACCUUGUCGACCUUGCAAUGUGUGUAAACGUGUUGGUGUAUGCAACUGUUCACCUUCGUCUUUAAAGGAUGGUAGCAGAAUGAAGAAUGUCAUUGAACGUUUGGAACACGAACGAGAUAUCGCUCGAGCUGACGUCCAACGUUUGAUUGAAGAGCGCGAUGCAUUACGCGAGAGAUUGAAGAUAGCGGCGGAAGCGCACACGUCUGAACAGCGUCGUUUGAGAGAGAAUCUGACAAACGUUGAAUCACGACUGAAACAGAUAGAGAAAGAACGGCAAGAGCUUUUACUUACCCAAGGGGCGCGAAGAGCGACCAUAAAUGGGCUGGAAGAUCAAGUGGAAGACUUACGAGAGGAGUUAAGGCGAACGAAACAAGAAUUAGGAACCCAGCGCACACAAUAUUUCCAACUACGGGCUCUGCAAGAUCAAACGGAUCAGGCAUUGGGAGAUGCUCAGAACCAAUUAACACAAUCAGAGUCUGAAUUAAAUAAAGCCUUAGACCACAAUCGGGCGUUGGAGCGGCAGCAGUUGCAGCUAGAGAAUCAAGUGAAAGAAUUGCAACAGGAUAUUAAUAAUCUUAAAGGGAAUAUGACACACUUGGAUCAUGAAAAAGAUCAAUUACUAAUGGUGUUGGACGAGAAAACGGAAAGGAUUGCAACGAUGGAACGGGAAAUAAUAUUAAAGGAGCAACAAGUGGUAGGAAGCGAGCAGCAGAUACGCGAGUUACAACACAAAAAUGACGUAUGCGUGGACCAGAGCGUGGACCUGGAGAGACAGUUAAGAUCGAUGCAGCUGGAGGUGGAGAAUCUUCAGCGGCAGUUGCAUACGUCUUCGUACGACCGGGAGAAUGCGAUCCAGGAGAAUCGUCGGAUUCAGGACGAUUUGGCAGCAGCCACUUGCGAGGUCAGAAAUUUACAACGGGAAUUGGAGGCGUCUCGUGCCGAGUCCUUCGACCUGAAGAAACAACUUCAAACGUACGUCACCGAGGUCCGCCGGGUCGAAGAGCUUCUCAAUAGAAAGGAGAAUGAAAGGACGGAGAUGCUGAAUCACUUCAGAAGCUUAAGCUUAGAAGCAACUGUUUUGGAGAACAAUAAUCAUAGCUUAGAAUCCGAAGCGGCGGAAGCGAGAGGCGCCCUUCAAUCGGCUAGGGACCGGUUAUUGGAUUUGGAGCGACAAUUGGUUGACAAAGACUGUUUGAUAAGGGGUUAUGAAACACAGGUAAAAAGAGUUGUUUUAUACAAAUCUUUAUUAACAUGUAUCGUAAAAUCACCAUAUCGUUAUCUGCAAAUACGUUAUCCAAUUAGAGAAACUGUUAUGAACCGACUUGACACUGUAAUACAACAACUGAGUGAAUUUACUCUUAUAAUAACGGGCAGUGACGAAUGUUAUUCGAUUCAUCAUCCGUUAACUUUCUACGACUCGUCCUUCCUUACGCAUUCGGCGUUUAGUUAA